GUUGAUAGUCUAUCCCUUUCUCAUUGUCAGCUUCCUAUUACACGGACUGACUGCACUAUAGUCAGUGGGAGAGAGACAAAGUAAACCGAUGGGGACUUAGUUUCAAUAAAGUGUUACGUUAUUGCUAGUUACUAUUAUUUUCUAACUGUGUAAGUCCAUAUAGCUAUAUGUGUACCAAGCACUUAAUAAGAGCCAGGCAUAAUUACAUCUUGAUCUCCUAAUCAUCAGGACUAUGAUUAAUGAUAUGAUUAAUCAUCAGGACAUAAGGUUUGCUGAGAAGCACAACUUUGCAAAACCUAACGACAGUCGGGCUCUCAAUCUGAUGACCAAAUGUGCCCAGACAGUAAUGGAGGAGCUGGAGGACAUUGUGAUUGCAUAUGGACAGAGUGAUGAGUAUAGCUUUGUGUUCAGGCAGAAAAGCAAUUGGUUUAAAAGAAGAGCCAGUAAGUUCAUGACUCUCGUGGCCUCCCAGUUCGCCUCCAGUUAUGUGUUUUAUUGGCCGGAUUACUUUGAGGACCAGCCCCUUCUGUAUCCCCCAGGAUUUGAUGGAAGAGUCGUGUUGUAUCCUAGCAACCAGACCUUGAAGGACUACCUCAGUUGGCGGCAGGCAGACUGUCACAUCAAUAAUCUUUAUAAUACAGUUUUCUGGGCCCUUAUCCAGCAGUCUGGACUAACACCAGUCCAAGCCCAGGAGAGAUUAAAGGGAACUGUGACAGCAGACAAGAAUGAGAUCCUGUUCUCUGAGUUCCACAUCAACUACAAUGACGAGCCACAGAUGUACAGGAAAGGGACAGUGUUGGUGUGGCAAAAGGUGGAUGAAGUCAAGACACAAGAAAUUAGGCUGCCAGAAGAAAUGGAGGGGAAAAAGAUGACCAUAACCCGGACCAGAACCAGGCCGCUGCCCUUGUACUGCGACCUCAUUGGGGAUGCUUUCUGGAAGGAACACCCGGACAUUCUGGAGGAAGGGAACUGACCCAGCACCCUGCAGUUCUGCUCUGCUCACCCAUGCAGGGCUCCCUGAGUCUCCCCUCCUUAGGUGGCUCGAGCAUGCCUAGCCCCAAGAAUACUGGAGGGAGUGACGUGGCUGGAGUUGGGUGGAGACAGAAAAAGAAGCAGUGGACGGGGCGGUGUAUCUUACUGUGCUUAAGCAGAAUACCUUUUUUUUUUUUAACGGUGUUAGAACAUGACUUCUUUGGCUCUUUUCAAAAUCAUGAUCCUAUUUUUAUAAAAGAACUAUUCAUGCUUUGCUGGCGGAGUCAUUUUUAGCUGUGGUAUAAGCCUUACAAAAACCUGUCGCCUCUUUUCACCUCUGAAAGAAGAGGAGCCCAAACUUUACCCUCACCCACCUUUCUUAACUAGAGAAUGUGGUGACUGAAAAAUCCCACUUCUGACAGCCAAGUACUUGCGCUCAUCUUUGGCAUGAAGUUAAAUAUGGGUUCCUGCCUGCACGAUGCCUCCAGAUUGAGGAAUCCCAGGGAACACUUGGGGCUUUGUGCCAGUUCCUCAGGGUGGCAGCUCCAGCCGAACAAAGGAGGAGUGGUUUGGGUGCCCUGCACCGUGCCAGGGUUGAUUUUUCUGCAACUGUUAGCAUGAUCAUCAUCAUCUCCGACCAGGGACAUAGUUUCCAAUCACUUAACUCUUCUGAAGAAAAGGUAUUUUGGGGAGCUAUAUGUGUGUGUAUGAGUGAGGAUGGAGAAACAGCUACUCCAUGGACACCGGAAGUACUUCAGUUGGAAAAGCUGACUUUGGGUUAGACUUCUGGGCAAGCAUUUUCAAAUAGCCUCAAUGUA